UAGGAAUCGGGUAUCAGGGGUUUAUGGCUUUUAUUCACUAUUUCACAUUUUCAGUUUUUCACGCCUCUCACCUCUCGGUCUCUCUCUCUAUACUCGCAUUAAAAAAUCUAGAGACAAAAAGUUGUUGUUGACAAGAACAAGAUCGAAGGUCAAAGCUUCUAUUGUUGGCUUGUUGCGCUCACAGUAGCACAAAGAUGACUCUAUCAGAGGAGGAGCUCUCAAAACUUUUCAGAGUUCGUAGGACACUGAUGGAAAUGUUGUCGGAUAGGGGCUAUCUUGUUGGAGAUUUUGAGAUUAAUAUGUCUAAGCAACAGUUCCUUCAGAAGUUUGGCGAGAACAUGAAGAGAGAAGACCUUGUAAUUCAGAAAGGCAAACGUAACAACAGUUCUGAUCAGAUAUAUGUGUUCUUUCCCGAGGAGCCAAAAGUUGGUGUUAAGACAAUGAAAACUUAUACAGAACGCAUGAAGAAAGAAGAUGUCUUCCAAGCAAUUUUGAUUGUACAACAAAAUUUGACUCCCUUUGCUCGUACCUGCAUAAGUGAAAUAUCUACAAAGUUCCACUUGGAGGUUUUCCAGGAGGCAGAGUUGUUGGUAAACAUAAAAAAUCAUGUUCUAAUUCCUGAGCACCAGCCACUUACUCCUGAGGAAAAGAAGACCUUGUUGGAAAGAUACACUGUGAAAGAAACACAGCUUCCCCGGAUUCAGAUCACCGAUCCAAUUGCUAGAUAUUAUGGGCUAAAACGUGGUCAAGUCGUGAAAAUUAUCAGACCAAGUGAGACUGCAGGCCGUUAUGUUACUUAUCGAUAUGUGGUUUGAACUAGUUUUUUGAUGUUUUCACCAGCUCAAAUGUAAGAAGUGGACAGAACAGUCGAGUAGUAGUUGUUUGUUGUUCCCCCUCUCCCCGCCCUAAAAAGCGGUUGAGAAUCUCCAGAACCGUGCAUAUAAGAGACAAAUCGUAUCAACUAUAUCGAUGCUGGUUCAAUAUGAGCUUUUGAAAUUGGAAUAAAUUGUUACAACUUCUAUGGAUUUACACAACUAUUAUAUAAAGAAUGAUUGCAGUUGGUUGCUAUCGUUAAAA